AGCUGAGUGCUUGCUCUCUCUCAGUGCGUGUUUGUGUUGUCAUUAUUAUCCAGUGUGCUCCCAGCUCAGAAUGGCCAGAUUCACUCAGACUGAAACAAGAAGGCAGCAGCAAUCACAUCAGCCCCAUCCCGCUCACACCAGCCUGGUUUUCACUGGACCUGGGGCACCACCUACCGAACAACCACUACUACUUAUCCCUCACCAGCACCAGUACUCCCAGAUCACAUUUCCUAAACCCAUGAACGGGUCAGAAUCCAUUUCCAUUCAUCCGGAGAGCGGCAAUAUGAAAGACCAAGAUGCCAUAAAGCUGUUUAUCGGGCAGAUACCGCGGAACUUAGAGGAAAAAGACCUGAAACCUCUGUUUGAACAGUUCGGGAAAAUCCACGAACUGACAGUUCUGAAGGACCGAUACACCGGCAUGCACAAAGGCUGUGCGUUCCUCACCUACUGCGCCCGUGAGUCGGCCAUCAAAGCCCAGAACGCUCUCCAUGAACAGAAAACACUGCCUGGGAUGACUCGCCCCAUCCAGGUGAAGCCGGCUGACAGUGAGAGCCGUGGAGAAGACAGGAAGCUGUUUGUGGGGAUGCUGAACAAACAACAGACUGAGGAGGACGUGUACCGCCUCUUUGAGCCCUACGGAGUCAUCGAGGAGUGCACCGUCCUAAGAGGUCCUGACGGAAACAGCAAAGGCUGUGCCUUUGUAAAGUUCUCCACACACGCGGAGGCCCAGUCUGCAAUCAGUGCCCUCCAUGGCAGCCAGACCAUGCCAAACGGCUCCGAUUCUCUCCCCUCCCAGGGCGCGUCCUCCAGCCUGGUGGUGAAGUUUGCCGACACCGACAAGGAGCGUACCAUCCGCCGCAUGCAGCAGAUGGUGGGCCAGUUUGGCAUCUUCAACCCAGCCAUCGCCCUGCCAUUCAGCACCUACAGUACCUACGCACACGCAGCACUGCUGCAGCAUGACAAUGAGCUCAUGCAGCAACAGGCAGCCAUCAUGGCAGCGAGCCACGGGGGCUACCUGACUCCCAGCGUGGCCUUCCCCGCCACCCAGAUUCACCAGAUGGGGGCGCUCAACAUCAAUGGUCUCCCACACAACUCCAUGACCCCAGUGUCGGCUGAAUUUCAUCAGGCGCUGGCAGGCCUCAGCUCUCCACCAGCCAACAUUACCACUCCCAACAUCGUCACUAACAUCGUCAACGGCUUCACGGGUAUCCCCCACCAUCAGCCCAACGGACAUCCCACCGUUGAGACCAUGUAUACCAACGGUCUCUCGCCCUACACCACCCAGAGCCCCAACGCCGCAGACACCCUCCAGCAAGCCUUCACCGGAGUACAGCAAUACACAGCUAUCUACCCAGCCGGCACACUGACUCCCAUAGGUCAGACUCUGCCUCAGUCAUCACAGGUCAUCCAGCAGCAGCAACAGAGAGAAGGUGAGGGGCCCGAGGGCUGUAACCUGUUCAUCUACCACCUGCCACAGGAGUUUGGAGAUAACGAACUCAUGCAGAUGUUUCUGCCUUUCGGGAGCGUCAUCUCCUCCAAGGUCUUCAUGGACCGAGCCACCAACCAGAGCAAAUGUUUCGGGUUUGUGAGCUUCGACAACCCAGCUAGCGCACAGGCAGCUAUUCAAGCCAUGAACGGCUUUCAGAUUGGAAUGAAGAGGUUGAAAGUCCAGUUAAAACGACCGAAGGAUGCCAGCCGCCCUUACUGACACAACCUAGCCAUCAGUAUUCACUGCAACAGCACAGGUUUUGAGAAAACUGAAGAUAUCUUGGAGUUCAACUUUUUUCUUUGAAAACAAAAAAAAUGUUUUAAAAAACAUCAACACAAGGAAUUUUUGAAGACAUAUCAGCAUUUACUUAUGAAGAAGACAUAGGGUUCUGCAGCUAUAGGAGGAGGUGUGGAGUUAGCAGAAACUACACAGAAGGACUUCAACAACAACACAACAAACUACACAGUGCAAGACAGACUAGAGAAGUAAAAAAUGGGAAAAAGAUGUGAAACUCUUAACAACAGAACUUUUCUCGUUGAGACUUGAAUUGUUAAUUAAGCAACAAACAAACAAAAAGCAGCAACAACAAAUAGAUUUCUAUAUACGUAUUAUAUACACACAUAUAUAUAAAGAAAAAAGCGCUUGUGGCUUUUAUUAUACUGGACAAAUGAGGGUUAAAACUUGAAGAUCAAGACAAAGUGGUAAAAAGAAGCGAUUCUGUCCCACUGAUGGACUUUCUUACUCUUUCCCUCUUUCUCUAAUUCUCUCACCGUCUUUCAGCAAGCGCAGAACUAUGGCUUUCUCGGGUCACUGAGGUUUCCAUUAGCUACAGUACAUCUGAAAAUAUUUCACCCCUAAGGGACCAAAGGACCAAACAUUUGUAUUGUUCUAAACGGUAAUAUAUACUAUUAUUGAUUCUAAUACUGUAAACUACAAUUAAUAAUGUUACAAGUUCAAAUUUAAGAAGAAACUUACUAGCUUCCGGUUGGAGGAGGAAAAAGGGUUUGGUUUAUUCUCCUUUUACAUUUAUAGCUACUGGGUUUGAGAAUAUUUAAACAAAAUAUAAAACAUAUAAAAAUAUUUGAAAAGCUAUACUAUUUUAGUGGACGUAGAAUAUGUGGAUUGGAGAUUGUUUCGGGCAUGUUCAGAUUUUCUUUUAGCAGUCAUCCUUCACCCUUACAUUCCAAAUCUGCACUUUUGAUUUUCGACAUAUCUCUCUCUAGUAACUUCUCUGUGUGGGAGCAAUAAGGCAACUCUGAGUAGUUGCACAUGAAGCUCAACACAGUAGUGCCAAAAGAUAUCCUGUAAAUUGUGUCAAACCAAACAUUCAAGACAUACAGUGUAUUGAGAAAUGUCUUCAAUCAUCUGCUGUUUCUAGUCCUCUGUCAGUGCACUGCAAUCCAUCGUGAUGUAUUGUCAUUGUAGACCCCCAUCUUUUUCAUUGCAGAAAAAGGCAUUCUGUGUCAGGAAAAAGCGAGGCAGCAUCAUUAAAGCACUGACAAUACAGUUAAUCUGACCACUAAGCACAGCGGUAAAAGUGCCACUCAGUAGUGCGGAUAUGUAGUAGUAAAGAAGUGCAACACCUUCAACUGGUUAAUAAAAUAUACAAAUUACCCUGACAAUGGUUAUAAAAUUGCUAUCCAAGCUGCGCAAGGCUUGCCGGGUCCUGCCCCCUUCCGCUGCCAACCUUCUCCAGCUGUUCUCUGCAGGAGGGGGGGGGCCUCCCCGCUCAAGCACAUCUCUUUUUAUAGGGACCAUCAUUUUACGGGGACCUGAGAGCUAACGCGCAUCAUAAUUAGGGUAAUGCUAAUAUUGAUCAGAUGGAGAGCAACACUGCAGGGCAAAAGAUGCACAAUCAAUUAACACACAUGACAUAUAUCUAAUACAUUCCUGGAAUGGAAACAAAUGGUUCUAUGUAGCAUAGCAGCAAGCAAUGAGGUCAAAUGGAGGCCUGCUUGUUUGCUGUAGAUGGGACUUAACUAAAGAGCAGAUGCAGUCUUUCCAUUGGGUACAAUAGCACACUGAGAGGAGAGCUCUUACACCAUGAGGAACAGCUUGGCUUUAGCAGCCUUAGGAGGUCAAAUUAAUAGCAAAAUGAUCCAUCAAUUAGACUGCAACAGGCUUGACUUUAAAUGUAGUUACUGCAGCUGCUGCUCAGAAGGAAAGUCAAAACCAGGAACACAAACUCUGCCACAGAGGGACAACGUCGAAGCAUACUAUUAGCCUGAACAACCAAUACUGUGUUUUCUAGUAGCUGGCAACACAUAUGGCCAGAUUGAUUCAAAAAAGUAAACUGUUAAAGCAGUAGAAGUUACUAUUCCAAUAAAAUAAGAACAUGGUUUACACUAAUGAUAUGUCUGGAAUGAAAUUAGUUUAAAGAUGUGUCUUCAGUUGUAGUAGUAGUUCUACUCAAUUUUAUUCCCUUUUCUAAUUUCCAUCUCAAAGCUAUUCUAUUAUCAUACUCAUUCUCCUCUGAUGCCUAUCCAUCUCCCACUGAGAGGCAUCUCCCUCCCUCUCUCUCUUUCCCUCUCCCCCCCUCUCUCUCUCUGUCUCUGUCUCUCUCUCUCUCUCUCCCUCUCUCUCUCUCUGUCUCUCCUGUAGGUUGACAGAGUCCAGCCUUGCUUCUCUCUGCUCAUUAUGCCUAUUUAGACACUGUUUUGUUCCACCACACAUCCCGUAUGUCUGUCUGUCUGAUGACUGGCAAAUGGCAUCUCUUGGGUUUGAAUGACUGAGCAACAAACCAGAAUGACAAUUUGGCUGAGCAAGUAUUCCCUACCAGCAUAUAUAUUUAUUGCUCUCUGAAGAGUGCUGAAUGUAAGCCUCAGCAUUGAAACCAAAUGGACAAUGCAUACUAAACUUGACCACGGACAGCAACAAAAGGCUAGUGUUCUUGUAUGCUGUCACGGUGUUGUAAUGCCUUUAUCAACAUCGGAGUUGCCAAAUCUCAGUCGAAUGCAUUUAUAAAGGGAAAACAUCGAUUUAAUUCCUCCAUCAGACAUUAAAAUGUGCGGAUUGUAUAUCCAAAAAAGGGAGAAACGGAUGAAAGAUGAACAAUAUUCAUAUGCAGCAGUGCAAUUGGUAGUAAAUAGUAGUAGAUUAAAUGUUUGAUGAUGUAUUAGUAGGUGAAAUAUUCGCAAAUUAUAGAACAAGAUAGAUUAAGAACAAGGUAGGUAUUUGAACACAGUCUCUUCAUGAGUUACUGUGUUGGUCCCCUCCAUUUUCCCUCCCCUUUCUGGACUUGGCACCUUUGGAAGCUGUUACAUACAGACAUGUGCCCCAAGGGUAGCUACUGGAGGGAUUUUUUCAUUAUUAAAAUGGAAUUAAAUUCAACAGCUUGGGUAAUACAAAUUAAAGAUGGCAACUGUGGCUGAAAUGUAAUUAGUUUGAGAAAUGUGAGGUUAUUUUGUGGAGGGGAAAAAGUUUAAAGAGUACAAUAAUUGCGACGGAGGCGUGUGGAUGGAGACUGUUUAUAUCAAUUCCAGUAUUAUUUGCCCAUUGGGCGCGAGUUUACAGGUGCUGUCCUAUCUGAUUUGGAGGCAACACUAGUAAUUCUCAUUGCACUAACUAAAAUUGAAACGAUGUGCUUGAGCCAGUGAAAUGUUUUACACUGUUUUCAUUCUCGCACCAUUCUGCCAUGUUCAUCCUUUGUCAUUCCAUCUCUCCAACCAUGAUGCUCAUUCAAUAUCUGAGCAUGCUCAAUAGGGGGGCUGGGGGGUUAAAGAUUAUAAUAAUGGUACUAGCUACUCGCUUUAACAAUAUUAUUAUUUACCAAUGGUUUGAAUGCUAAGGAUAGUAGCUUAUUAUUAAUAUGAAAUCUGUAUAUUAUGGAAAAUCAGCACAGGUCCUUUCUUUG